UCACCGCUUCGCGGUGUCCUUGCGGACGCCGGGGGGACGCCGCAGAGCAGACGCGCGCCUGCGAGCGAACGGCCGUGUUCUGAGGAGAGCAGCGGUCGUGUGACCCUCCAUAAUGUUGUGUCGGGCGGCGUGCAGCACGGGCAGGAGGCUGGGCCCGGUGGCCGGUGCCGCGGGCUCCCGGCACAAGCACAGCCUCCCAGACCUGCCUUACGACUAUGGCGCGCUGGAGCCGCACAUCAACGCGCAGAUCAUGCAGCUGCACCACAGCAAGCACCACGCGGCCUACGUGAACAAUCUAAACGCCACCGAGGAGAAGUACCACGAGGCUCUGGCCAAGGGAGAUGUUACAACUCAGGUCGCUCUUCAGCCUGCACUGAAGUUCAAUGGUGGGGGACAUAUCAAUCACACCAUUUUCUGGACAAACCUGAGCCCUAAGGGUGGUGGAGAACCCAAAGGAGAGUUGCUGGAGGCUAUCAAGCGUGACUUUGGGUCUUUUGAGAAGUUUAAGGACAAGCUGACAGCCGUGUCUGUGGGAGUCCAAGGUUCAGGCUGGGGCUGGCUUGGUUUCAAUAAGGAGCAAGGUCGCUUACAGAUUGCUGCCUGCUCUAAUCAGGACCCAUUGCAAGGAACUACAGGCCUUAUUCCGCUGCUGGGGAUUGACGUGUGGGAGCACGCUUACUACCUUCAGUAUAAAAACGUCAGACCUGACUAUCUGAAAGCUAUUUGGGUGGUGCUCGUGAUUAUGGAGCCAUCUCUCCUUGUCACACAGGUGGUGCUCAUGAUUAUGGAGCCAUCCCUCCUUGUCACACAGGUGGUGCUCGUGAUUAUGGAGCCAUCCCUCCUUGUCACACAGGUGGUGCUCGUGAUUAUGGAGCCACCCCUCCUUGUCACACAGGUGGUGCUCGUGAUUAUGGAGCCACCCCUCCUUGUCACACAGGUGGUGCUCGUGAUUAUGGAGCCAUCUCUCCUUGUCACAUAG